AUGAAGCCCAAGUCGGUCUUGGCGGCAUGGAAGACUGCACGACAAGCCUACGAAGUCGCCAAAUCGAACGUGCCGAUCUGGCUGUUCACCAGCCCCAUGGACGAUUUUGAAGCCCCCAAGAUACUGCCAUUGAAUGCCAGCUCCGGCGAACAGUGGGAGUUCGAUGGUGUCUCCGCCGAUGGAAUGAAUGCCUUUAUUUUCGGAUUCUAUCGGGACCCUGAUCUGUCUCUGAUGGGGUCGGGGAACCUGCGUAUCUCGGCCGAGCUGGCAUAUGCGAAUGGCACUCGCUUCGGACGGGUCGACUAUGCCUCUGAAUCCAUAUUGACGUCUUGCGCGGACGGCACCCGUGGGUUCUGGAAGGGAAAGGGCUUCAGCUAUACGUUUGAGAUUUCGAAGGACAUGAGCCGCGUGAGAUUGGGGAUAGACACCCCGGACCUCAAAGGCAAUAUCAUGAUCACAUCCAAGACGCUGCCCCGCUACGCCUACGCGCAGACCCGGCCGUCGGAGACCGUAGUCACGGACAUUGCACGGCAUUUCCACUGGGCGAUGAACGCGGUGCGCAUGACGGCAGGCCCAUACUCCCUCUCCUAUACGAAGUUCACAUCGCGCAUCGACAAUGGAGCGGAGUAUACCUCGGUCCUCCUGAUGAAGGAUGGCGAGAAGCUAUUUUCCAGCACGCGGGUUCUGGAAGGCCGGGAGAAGGCACUAGGGCCCGAGUACACAUCCACCCUCCAUUCAGUCAACAAUCUUGCGAUUCUCUACCAUAUCAUGGCAAACUGA